GCAAACCACACUGCCUAUUGUUCCCGAGUGUAUGAACCAGUCCUUUUCAAGAUGUAUGGAAUGUCACAUGUUACAGCAACACCACGAGGAAGUAAAUUUGUGCACAUUUGUCUGGGCUUUUGAUAAAAACACUUUGGUGUGGAAGGAUUGUGGGUGGCUGACAAAACUUGGGGUUAGAUCUGCUAACCUAAACACCUGUUGAGUUUUUCCUGCAUUCUCAUUUAGUGUUCAGAUAAACCUCUUUUUUUGAGUGUAAUACUUUGCAUAAUUGAAAGUCAUGAUUGUAUGCAUGAUACUGUAUGCCUACAGUAAGAAAAAAUCUUUCAGGAGCUAAUUGUGUAUGAAACAUAGGUCUACAACAUGUCAGUCAGGGAAACAUGCAAUGCCUACCUUUUGGGCAGUUUGUUGUGUGACAUUCUGGCUGAUGCUGCUUGACAUCUUGUACCUCCACUCCAGAUUGUUUUUGCCUGGAGAAAAAUAUAGAGCGUGUUGGUUUUUUUUCCCACUAGAAAGUGAAAUAUGUACUUUUGGAAUGUUAGAGAAACAGUAUGCAUGGGAAUAGCAUACUGGGACUACCAAAGGGGGAAUGCUGACCUUUAUGCAUUUUUUUUGCCUCAGCUCGUACUUCAACGUUAAAAAAAAUCCUGUCAUUCAUCUAUCUUCUCUCACAGGGGAAUGACAGGCAUUUACUAAUAGCAUGAUGCUCUAAAGAUACCAGAGAGAUAAGGAAAGAUUGUGUCAUCUAUAAUUUUAUGUAGCAACAGAUAUAAAUCUGUUAUAAAUAUAUAUAGAUAUAUCCCUCUGCUUAGCCAUUGCUCAUAUUUUGUAAGAUUGACUCUGACAGCUGCUGAACAUCUGGCAGCAUUUUGCAAACUUGAGCCGUGGUAAUCCAGACAAAUCCUAUUUAUUUCCUUAGUUUCCUGCCACAAAGUUAGUGUCAAUUUUUGUCACUGUCUCUAUCCCUAUGCCUAUUGUGGCAUGUCAGCAAAUUUUGUCUGAAAAAAUGACAAAAUGAAAUGCCUUACUGAUAAUGGUGGUCCUUCCAUUCCUCUCUGUAGCUAUAACAAGUAUGUGCACUAUUUUCAGCAUGAACCAGACUUCUGGGCAAACACCAUUCAAAUUACUGUAGCUAUUGCUUUUGUACCAAUAAUUAUAUACCCCAAAGUAAUAACCUGCACGGAUAUUUGACUAUAGCCAGCUCUGAUUCUGUGCUGUCCUGACUGAGGUGAUGCUAAACAGUCCUGCCAGAGUCAGUGUCUUUCCUCCAUCCUUUUAUUUUUCUCUUCCUAUGUUUUUGUUUAGCUUAUUCAUGGUCUUUUGAUUUCCACAAGGUGCCUGUCAAUGAAGACCUGUCAACUGGGGAAGUUGUCAGUAAAUAUGAUAAUGACUCUUUCUUAUUUGGCCUCUGUAGGUUCAACAGUGCUUGAUGGAGAACACAAGCACAGCCUCUCGGAACAUAUUUAUCAGAGUUAUGCUUGCACGUUUCUCGAUGAUGGCACUGCCCACAGGUGCUGCUCCACAAGCCCUUUGGGAGGCUCCCUCUUCACAUGUCGCCGCAGCCCUCGGCUGCUUUCCAAUGGUUAUUACAUUUUGACAGAAGACAGCUUUCUGUCUGAUGAAGAUGGCAACAUAACACUGUCACCAUCCCAGACAAGUGUUACCUAUAAAGAGAACUCAGUUCGGAUAUUCCGUCGCAGGAAGAAAAUGCGAGGCUCUCUUGCCAGUUUGUUCAGUUUCAGUGCCUCCAGCCAGUGGCUCAGCAGCACCAUUCUCAACACUAUGGAUUCCUCCCAUGUAGACGAUCCUUGGCCUGACAAAUGCAGUGAACUACAGCCCAGUCAGACUGAUACUGACAACUCAGACCUUUCUUGUGAAUAUAACAUCUUAGUGCCACAAGGGCAAAUUCCAGCAUCUAUUGGAGCCUCUCUUACCAAAGAUGAGGAGUUUAUUGAGCCUGGGAAAUCACUGUGUGCCUCUCCAUUUAUAAUAAAUGAAAAUAAAGAUACACUGAACAAAGCAGAAUCCAAUUCAGUGCCAAAUUUUCUGGCUCAGAUUGCUGCACUGAUGGUGUGUUUAAUCAUUUCAGUAUGUACAAGGUGUUUUCUGGGAGGAUUUUCUGCCAUUUUGUUGUUGAUAAUUUUAGUCUUUCUUGUAUCCCAAGAUGCUGCUCUGUCAUCUUUCUUCAGUCUUGUCACAUCUUUCAAAACAACUAAGUUUGAAGAGGCACUGGGAACACCUGGAAGACAUUCACAUCUACAUUGUGACAAAGGCACUGACUGCAGUACUUCCCAAACCACACAACACGAGGUUAAGGUGCUGUGCAUUGCAGAGGACAGCUGA